UCCCCGCCCCGGCGCCGGCUCCGGCUCCGGCUCCAUCUUGGCAGCCCCGGAGUCUCGGGGGGCCCCCCCGGCGCUCGGUUGGGCCAUGGAGGAGCAGGGGCGGCUGCUGCCCCCCCCCGGCGAGCCCCGGCGCCAGGAGCUCGGCGAGAUCCUGCAGCAGAUCAUGGGGAUCACGGAGCAGAGCCUGGACGAGGCGCAGGCCAAGAAACACGCCCUGAACUGCCACCGCAUGAAGCCGGCCCUGUUCACAGUCCUGUGCGAGAUCAAGGAGAAGACAGGGCUCAGUGUGCGCAGCAGCCAGGAGGAGGAGCCGGUGGACCCGCAGCUGAUGCGCCUGGACAACAUGCUGCUGGCCGAGGGCGUGGCCGGGCCCGAGAAAGGAGGCGGCUCAGCGGCGGCGGCGGCAGCGGCGGCGGCCUCGGGGGGUGUCUCCCCCGAUCACUCCAUCGAGCACUCGGAUUAUCGCCACAAGCUGGCGCAGAUCCGCCAGAUCUACCACGCCGAGCUGGAGAAAUACGAGCAGGCGUGUAACGAGUUCACGACGCACGUGAUGAACCUGCUGCGGGAGCAGAGCCGCACGCGGCCGGUGGCGCCCCGGGAGAUCGAGCGGAUGGUCGGGAUCAUUCACCGCAAGUUCAGCUCCAUCCAGAUGCAGCUGAAACAGAGCACGUGCGAGGCCGUCAUGAUCCUGCGCUCCCGUUUCCUGGACGCCAGGCGGAAGCGCCGUAACUUCAGCAAGCAGGCGACCGAGGUGCUGAACGAGUAUUUCUACUCCCACCUGAGCAACCCCUACCCCAGCGAGGAGGCCAAGGAGGAGCUGGCCAAGAAGUGCGGCAUCACCAUCUCCCAGGUCUCCAACUGGUUUGGCAAUAAGCGCAUUCGCUAUAAGAAGAACAUUGGUAAGUUCCAGGAGGAGGCGAAUAUUUACGCCGUGAAAACCGCCGUGAGCGUCACCCACGGGACCCAGAGCGGGGGCGACUCCCCGCCCACCCCCUCCUCCCCCACAGGGUCCGGCGGCUCCUUCAACCUCUCCGGCUCCAGCGACAUGUUCCUGGGGCUGCCAGGACUCAACGGGGACGCGUACCCCCCCUCCCAGGUGGAAUCUCUGCGUCACUCCAUGAGCCAGGGACCCUAUGGGGAGGGCCUGGCACCCGGCCAGCUCUACAGCCCCCGCGACAUGAGGGCUAACGGCGGGUGGCAGGAAGCCGCUACCCCCUGCUCGGUGACGUCCCCCACGGAAGGACCCAGCAGCGUCCACUCCGACACCUCCAACUGAUCCCGCUCCCGGCCCCCCGGCCACACCCAUGGGGGGCGGGGGGGUCUGGCGUCUCUCCGUGGGAUACAAGCCAAGGUGGUGCCUGGUGGGGACCCCCCCGAUGGCGUCUCUUUGUAGGGUGAAUCCAGAUGGCGUCUGUUGGGGGGGGGGGGUCUCCAGGGGAGUAGAUCCAAGAUGGUGCCAGGGCCAUAUCCAGGGUCCCUGGGCAUUUUUGUAUUGAAUGAGCAGCACAAAGGAUGUGAGAGCCCCCCCUCAAUGAGCUGCCAAGAGCCCCCCCCCCCCAAGUUCCUCCCCGACUUUCUCACUCUUCAGGGCGUUUCCUUCUUGUCCCCGGGCCCCUCGUGGGCGCCGGCCUCGCUGUUUUCUCUCCCAUUUCCGCCUCGUUCUCCCCGUUUUCUCAACUCCCUCGCGCGGCCGUUUCCUCUUCUCACUUGGCCCUCCCCGACACCCGCUCUGGCUGGCUGCCAUCGGCCCCCCUACCUACCCGCAACCAGGUGCUCCAGGGCAGGAUGUUGGAGGGAGCUGAGCCCCAGCGCCCCGCCCAGCUGCGGGAAACGGGGGUGUGUGGAGUGGGGGCAGGAAAGAAGUGAUGGGGAAGGAGCCGGGCUGGUGGGAGAAGAGGAACAGUAGACACGGCGUGAGACUGACAAGUUGAACUCUAGCCAUUGAAACCCGGCGCGGGGCCGGCCGGCGCGAGCCAGGCGCGAGUGCCGGGCCGAGCUCCCGAGGAGCAGCCAGGUUGGCACGUGAAGGGGACUGUUUCGCCCAGCGCCGUGGGCCCGUAACUUUAUUUACCUCAAUUCGACACCAAUAGAGACUCUGACUCCGAGCCAGAGACCAUGGAACCGUCUACCUCUGACCCCCAGCCCCUGCCACGACGUGGGGGGCGCUGGGCCCCAGCCCCCCAUGGCGAUUCCUUCCCCCGCCACUGUCCAGGUUAAUUUCUUUUAUCGUCUGCAGAUACAGUGUGUCUGCCGGGGGGAUGGGGACAAACCAGUGGCUGAAAUGGUGGGGUGCCUUGGGGGAGGGGCUGAACUGGGCAGAGGUUGGAGAGGGGGUUAGUUGGGGGAGGAGGGCUGGAGUGGAGGAGGGGGUUACUGUGGACCUGGAUUGGGAAAGGGGGUGGGACUGGAUGGGGGGGACUCCGUGACACCUGACACGGCGUCUCCCCCCCAGUGCAGUGAUGUGGGGGAGUGGGGAAUAUUUAGAAUGUAAAAAACCCUGUUUUUUGUCAUUUUUUCUUAAUUUUUGUUUUUCUGGGUAUCCUCCCAGCGGCUUGCGGGGGGGAUGUUUCAGGGGGGUCCCUGGGCAUCUUCCCCAGGGGUUACACUUUGGUUUGGGCUGUUUGUUUUGUUUGGGUUUUCUUUGGGGGCAGCUGGUUGGAAUGUAACCCCCGCCGCCAGCUGUUCCCCCCUCAGACCUCCCCUCACCCUGAUCUGACCCCCAUCCUCACCCCCUUAGAUCCCCCUAAUCCCUCAGCCCUUUCAUCACCCCAAUCCCCACCCCUCUGCUGAACCCUGUCACCCCAACCCCUUGGAUCCCCAUCACCCCAAUCCCCUUCCCUGUGGCUGACCCAACCUCACCCCCCUUUGAUCCCUGACACCCCACUUUUUUCCCCUCCCCCAAUCCCCCUUUCCAGGAACCCCAGAACGUCAAUCCCCUUGCCCUUCAUGGGGCCAUUGUCCCUGUUUCUCUCCCUCAGAAAUGGGGCCCUCUCCCCUCAAGGGGAAUAGCCCCCCAGCUGUGUGGGUAGGACCCUGCCCCCCUCUAUCAGUUAAUAAGGAGGGGGGAGGGGUCUGUCCCCUACCCAACCCCCCUGGAUCCUCCUGUUUUGCUUGGCUGAGGGCAGCCAUCUUGUCUCCUGCAUCAAUGAUGGCUCCUGGGCCAUUUUGGGGAGGUGGGAAAGGGUGGGGACACACAGGUGUUGCAUGAGGAGGAGGCCAGGAGUGACAUGGGGGCCUCUCCUGCACCCUAGGACCCCAGUGUAGGGCUGUGGGCCCAACCUAGGAGAGCUGGGGUGGAGGUGGGGGGGAAUGAGUCUUACUCAAGAGCAGGCUUCUGAGGGGGAACUAGGCCUCAAAUGGAUUAGUAGGGGGAGGGGUGCAGCACAGUCCAUGUGUGUUGAUUUGGGGUCCCCCCCAGGGUUUGCUCCCCCCUUUGCUGUUGUACAGACUUUUUUGCCUAUAUAAUAAAAUAUAUUUUUUCCACCUG